AUGGAUGGCUCUUCGAAAAAGAAUCCUAGCCCACCACGAGCGGUCGAGUCCACUCCAGGUGCGGCGGACCCGGCUUCUCCCCCUGGUCGUGUCGCUGAGCAAUCCACUUCCGGCCCGGCUACAUCGCCUCAAGCAUCUUCCCCUCACGCCGCCGAAGGUGCUUCCAAUGCAUCUGAAACUGAUGAUGUUGCUCUCGAGGCGGACGCUGGGAACACGCCCAACGAUCCUGCGGAGAUGGAUGAGCGCAUCUCCAACUACACUGCUUCGCUGGCCUCAAGUGUCGUCGAUUACCCCAUCGAAUAUGGACGCCGCUACCACGCUUUCCGGCCUGGAGUCUACGCAUUUCCGAACGACGAGGCUGAAAUGGACCGCCUCGACAUGUCUCAUGCGGUGAAAGUAAGAUCAAUCGGCAACAAGCUCUUCCUAGCACCUCUCGAGAAGGAGAAGGUUCACAGAAUUCUUGACAUCGGAACAGGAACUGGGAUUUGGGCAAUUGAGAUGGGCGAUGUCUUUGAAAAUGCAGAGAUUAUUGGCAUUGAUUUGAGUCCUAUCCAGCCGAAAUGGGUUCCUCCGAAUGUGAAGUUCGAAGUCGACGAUGUCGAGAGUCCUUGGAUUGUGAGUCGCAAGUAUGACUACAUCAUGUGCAGACACAUGGUCGCCUCAAUCUUGGACUGGCCGAAGCUUGUCCGCAAUAUCUACGACAACUUGGAACCAGGUGGUUGGGCCGAAUUUCAAGAAUUAUCAGUGAAGUACCACACUCAAGACGGAACAUUCACCGAAGACCACGCAACAUACAAGUGGAAUAGGACCCUGAUCGAGGCCUGUAAGAUGAUUGGCCGUGACGCCUGCCCAGGACCGAAAGUCGAGGGCUGGGUGCGGGAUCAAGGAUUCCGGAAUGUACACCACCAAAAGUUCAUGCUCCCGGUUGGCCCCUGGCCCAAGGACCCCCACUACCGAGAUAUUGGCAUGCUCAAUCUGGCCCAGACACUGGAAGGUCUGGAGGGCUUCUCCUUGAAGCUCUUCUGCGGUGUCCUCGGACGAACGAAAGAGGAGGUGUUUGUUGAGCUUUCGCAGGUGCGAAAAGAGCUGAAGACGGGCGCGUUCCAUGCCAUGUUUGACUUACACGUUGUCUAUGGACAGAAGCCCUUUGAGACGGAGGCAGAAGAAUGA